UUGUGGUUUACAUUCGCCUGGAACGCUUUGAGUUCGCAAGUGGUUGCAAUCCGAGUGGGACAAAUCCGAGUAUCCGACUUCCCACAUUUCUAGAAUGCAUCAUUAACGACACUAUCUCCUUUACGGCAAAUGGAAUAUGGCGGAGCCUGAGAAACCUUUUGACGAGCUGGAGCUCAUAAAGGAAUGGCAGGCGUCCACGGAUCUGAAGGCAGCCCUGUAUGGCUACCUGAGGAAGCGGGUGCCUCAGAUCUUCUGUCAACAGCAGGAGCCCAACCCUCAGGAGGAACAGGAGCAAGUGCAGAGACUCAUCCUCCGACCGCUGGAGUACUUCCUGUUUGGUGAAGAUCCCGAUGAAGGUGUAAAGAAGCUCAAGGAGGGCAGUUCUUCUUUCCAGCUCUGUGGACGUGUCUUUAAAGAGGGAGAGACAGUCUACUCUUGCAGAGAUUGUGCAAUAGAUCCCACAUGUGUGCUGUGCAUGGACUGCUUUCAGGAGAGCGUGCACAAAAGCCAUCGUUACAAGAUGCACGCAUCAUCCGGUGGGGGGUUCUGUGACUGCGGGGAUGUGGAAGCCUGGAAGAUUGGCCCGUGUUGCUCCAAACACGACCCGGAGGCAGCCACUGCCAUGGUAACGGAUGAGUUCACAUUGGAGCCAGAACUGUGUGAGCGUAGUGAGAUGCUCUUCGGGGUAUUGCUUAACUACUUCACAGACUUCCUGGACUGGGCGGAGGACCGUCAGCUUUUAGCGCUACUCAAACCCGAGGAAAAAGACAACACAUACUUCUGUGUGCUGUACAACGAUGAGCACCAUUCAUACGAGCAUGUGAUCUAUACCCUCCAGCGGUCUGUUAACUGUGAUCAGGCUGAAGCGCAGAAUCACACGGCACUUAUUGACAAGGAGGGUCGGCGGGCAGUAAAGAGAGGAAGUCUGGAGUCAUGCCAGCAAGCUAAAGACCUCAUCAAGGACAACUCAGAGCACAUUUCCCUGCAGCCACUGCGUGUGGAGGUCCUACACUCAGCUGUCUUGGCUCACCAAACAUUCGCCCUGCGUCUUGGCUCCUGGUUCCAGAAGAUCAUCAGUUAUUCAGUGGGCUUCAGACAGCUAUUCUGCAGGGUGGCGCUGGAGCCCAACACAGACCAGACCAGCAUCUGCUGCAUUAGCAGGCUCAUGUUGCUCGAUGCCAAACUGUACAAAGGAGCACGCAAGAUUGUACAUGAGCUGAUUUUCUGUAGCAUACUAAUGGAGACUGAAUUCAAGAGGCUGUUUGCAAUUGAGUUUACAAAGUUGUAUAAGGAUCUGCAGAAUAACUUCAUUGAUGAUGAUCAUGAAAGGAGUAUUUCCAUUACUGCGCUAUCUGUUCAGAUCUUUACUGUGCCUACACUGGCAAGGUACCUUAUUGAAGAAACAAAUGUCAUUACAAGGAUAGUUAAUACAGUCAUGGCGCUGCUAUUAGAGCAUUUGGAUGUUAACAAUCGUUUCUUCUUCCUGGGUUACAACUCUGAGAAGUUCUCCCGCAUCCAGGUCAUUUUCCAUGACCUCAGGUAUAUUCUUAUCAGUAAACCCUCAACGUGGAAUUCAAAGCUUCGGGAACAGUUCAUAGAGGGCUUCAAUGCCUUUCUUGGCCUUCUGAAAUGCAUGCAGGGUAUGGAAGAGGUGGAGCGUCAGUUUGGUCAACAUAUUGCUGUGGAGCCCGAGUGGGAAGCUGGCUUUACGCUUCAGAUCCAGCUCCGCCACAUACUUGCAAUGUUUCAGGACUGGUGCUCCACAGAUGACAAGAUCCUGCUAGAAGCAUUGAGAGAUUGCCACAAAGUCUUGCAGCAAUGCAACAAUCAGCCCUUCCGCAGGGAGGCAGUCGACCAUUACAUGUGCAAACAGAUCCUCCAUGUUCGGCCCUACAAAGUGUCUCAGGAGCCUGUCAGCAUACAUGUACCCCUCUCCAGGCUGCUUGCAGGCUUGUAUGUUCUUCUUUGCAAGAACGGGCUAUGUGAUCAACUGUUUGACAAAGAAUGUUACGACUUUCGCAGCCUGGCUGAGCAUCCUUUACGCUGUGUGGUGCUGGCUGCACAGGUAUCAGCUGAAAUGUGGCGCAGGAACGGACUCUCUUUGGUCAGCCAGGUCUACUACUAUCAAGAUGUGAAAUGCAGAGACGAAAUGUAUGAUAAAGACAUACUUAUGCUUCAGAUAGCUGCUUCCAGAAUGGAUGCAAACCAUUUUCUCAUGCUGCUUUUACUGAGAUUUGAGCUCUUUAAUUUCUUCAAUGGAAGUUGUUCCAGCAGAGACCAUAAUGAAUUGUUGCAGUGGAAUCGACUUACAGAAGAGCUGCUGUAUCUCCUUAUCGUCAUAGUCGGUGAGCGCUACGUGCCCGGCGUCACUAACGUGACCAAAGAAGAUGUGACCAUGAGGGAGGUCAUCCACCUGCUGUGCAUUGAGCCCAUGGCACACAGUAGCCUGGUUAAAGGCCUGCCAGAGAAUGAGAGCCAUGAAACAGGUCUGGAGUCUGUAAUCAACAAAGUUGCCACAUUCAAGAAACCAGGAGUGUCAGGACAUGGAUUAUAUCAGGUGAAAAGGGAGCAUUUGGUCCAAUUCAACCCAUUUUUCUACCAUUAUUCAAGAUCACAACACAGCAAGGCUGAAGAGUCCCAAAAGAAGAGGCGUGUUCACGAGGGUGCCGAUAAAGCUCUGCGUCCUCCGGUGCCGCCUCCUUUCUGUACGGCCUUCUCCAGCAUCGUGCGUCUCCUCUGCUGCGACAUCCUCGUCCACGUCCUCAGACGUGUGCUGCAGAGGGCAGCUGAAGAAAAGUCCACUCACUGGACGGAAAUAAUGAUCCAGCGGGCCCUGCACCUUAUUGGCCAGGCGUUGCUUGAAGAAAAAAGCCAGCUUGAGGACAGCGCUUCAGAGGAAGUGACCUUCGAUUUCAGCCUCAAGGCUCGCAGAGUUGGGUUUGAGCACAGCAAGUCUCUGUUCCUCUUGCUGUCAAAAAUUAAGGGUGUUCGUUCGCUUGAAGCCCAAAAAGACAUGAUCACAUGGCUACUACGGAUGUUUGAUAUUGUCAAGUGCCUCAGAGAGAAAUCCACUCCAACUGCCUCCAUGAGUGUGGAGACAGGCAAGCCUGAGGAGAAUGCUCACGACAAAGAAAAAGCUGAGCGCAAAAGAAAGGCCGAAGCAGCAAAACUUCACCGCCAGAAAAUCAUGGCCCAGAUGUCAGCCAUGCAGAAAAACUUCAUAGAGUCCAACAAAAUACUUUAUGACAAUAUGCCAGAGAGCAUGCAGGGAGAGCCUGUUACAUCUACAGAGAGGCCCAUGGAGCAGAAGGAGCUUUGCGUCGCUGUAGGGCCCCAUCGAGGGUCUACCCCCGCCGACAGGGAUGUGCUGACAUGCAUUCUUUGUCAGGAGGAGCAGGAAGUGGCCUCCCAGGCUCCGGCCAUGGUACUGACUGCAUGUGUGCAGAGAUCCACAGUGCUGACCCAGUGCAGAGGAAAGAUACCUGCCAGCAGUCCAGACGAAACAGGAACAUCAUACCCAUCAUUCAUGCCGCCUGACCUGGCUGUAGGCACCCACACGGGCAGCUGUGGACAUGUCAUGCAUGCCACAUGUUGGCAGAAAUAUUUCGAAGCAGUCCAGAACACAACCAGAAACCGACUCCACGCUGAACUGAUCAUCGACCUUGAGAAUGGGGAGUACUUGUGUCCUCUGUGCAAGUCACUAUGUAACACCGUUGUCCCCCUCAUCCCCCUGGAGCAACUCGUAUUCAACUAUGAAAAUGCAGAGAUAAUUGGUCAACAUUUGACCCUGACUCGCUGGAUCCAUAUCCUUGAAGCCAGGAUUAAAGGACUCAAGUCUGUCAUGCAGGAUAAUGAUUGCAACAAGGAAAGCACUAAUGAUGGCGAUGCAUUGUUAUGUGGAGAGAGUCAACCAGAUUUCAGGGCCAUACUGAGUUAUGGCGUACAAGAACCGAGAAAGUUCUCUGACAGUAUAGCAGAGAUGCUGGCUGUGUGUGCCACCACGGUCCAUAGAGUUGGGCUUCAGACGGUACCGAAUGAGCUGUGCCCACGUGUGCCCCUUAUGGCCUGGAACACCUGUGCCUUCACUAUUCAGGCCAUCGAAAACAUAUUGCUGGAAGACGACAAGCCACUCUUUGGGUCCUUACAAAAUAGACAGCUGGCAGGUCUGAAGGCGAUUGUUCAGUUCUCGGCAGCACAGAGAAUUAAAAGCUCCCAGGCUGUAAUUCAAAGACACUUCACAGAUAUGUUGGCAGUUCUACUGCCGGUCGUGAGCAGAAAGAACACACCUUCUAUUCUGGAAGUCGACUUCUUCCAUCUUCUGGUGGGUUUAGUCUUGUCUCUGCCCUCGCUGUACCAGGAGGACGCCGUAGACUUGCAGCCGUCUGCUAUCAGCUCGGUCUACAACCACCUACACAUUCUGCAUCUGGUCACAAUGGCUCAUGUCCUGCAGGUGCUGCUCCUCGCCACAGACCUCCCUGUAGUGGUUGGUAACGAGGAAACCGAGGAGGCUAGAGCAGCAGCAGAACUUCACGCUGUUGUGUCACAACACACUGGAAGGCUGCUUCCUGAUGUGUGCGGCAGCUCUGUGGCUGAAAGAGUUAAGACAGGAAUCAAGUCUUUUCUGCGCUGUACCGCUCUCUUUUUCAGCUGCCUAACUGGUGUUCGUCCCCCAGAGGAGCUUUUUUCUGCUUCUGUUUCUUGUCAAGGUCAGAUGGAGGCAGUAUGCAGCUACUUGGCACUACCCUUCAAUGUGUUCCAGCUCUUCCAGGAUCACAGAGACACUGUAGCACCACUGCUGUAUAGGUGGUGCAGCAGCCCAGGAAUAACCAAAGCUCUGAGAGGCAAAAUUCAGACAGUCAGAUACCCAAGGAGAAGAAAUCAACUGAUCGACCUCCCAGAAGAUUACAGCGCUCUGCUCAAUCAAGCCAGCCAUUUUCAGUGUCCCAAGUCCGCCGACGACGAGAGGAAGCAUCCCACUCUCUGCCUAUUCUGUGGCGCCAUGCUGUGCUCUCAGAGCACCUGCUGCCUCAGUCAGCUGGACGGAGAAGAUGUGGGCGCCUGCACUGCACAUGCCUCCACCUGUGGCGCGGGAGUGGGGAUGUUCCUCAGGAUAAGAGAGUGUGAAAUUGUACUGCUGGCCAGUAAAACCAGAGGAAGCACAUAUCCCGCUCCUUAUUUGGAUGACUACGGCGAGACUGACCCUCAUCUCGGGAGGGGCAAUCCACUGCACCUUUGUCCGGAGCGUUACAAGAAGUUAAAGCAGAUGUGGAAGCAGCACUGCAUCCUGGAGGAGAUUGCACGCAGCCUGGAGUUGGUCAAUGUCAUGUUUACUUUUGACUGGCAAAUGUUGUGAUGUUGGAGCCUGUGCAGGGCAGAGUGAAGCUACUUCCCCCCCAAUGUGCGAAUAUGCACGCACAUUGACGCUUCCUCGGAAGCCAGAGCCUCCUGCUGGAGCUCAGCGAGAGAGAGAGCAACAGAUUUUGGAAGUGUACGACGAAGAAAAGGACAGAGAAAAAAAUUGAGGUUGUGUAGUUGAUGAGCCUUGUUUUAAUUUGUCAUCUUUAAGAAUGCAAAUAACCUGCUAGUAGAGACUUAUUCAAAUAAAAAUAUACAGUACAUUAGACCCACACACCAUCACCUUCAUGCUAUGAUGUUGUCCAUGAACUUUUUUGAUAUUUGGUAUCUCACUAGCAUAGCAUCUGACAAGCAACUACCUGAUAUUUCCUUAUAUAUUUUUUUCCCCAUUUUAAACCCCCCUCUUCUGGAGUUUCUCUAUCACAAUACAUGGAUCAGGCCAGCAUAUACACGGUACUGUAUUGAUUGAAUGUAACCUUCCCCUGAUUAAUGAGUUCACUUUUCAAUACUGCAAUCAAAAAGUAUUUCAAAGUUUAUUGCAACAUUUUUUCAUCAUGUUACCCUUUGGAAUCUAGGUGAAUUUAGUAUGUUUUGUGCUGUUUGAUAGCACAACAUGGUAAUAAAAUCAGCAGUCUAUCUAAUCAAUAAGUCUCUUCCUUAUACAUAUGUACAGUACAUAAACAAAUGGAAUAGAUUGUAGAAAUACAAUAACGGAUUGUUGAUUAAACAUGUUUGAACUCCGA